AUGAUAAACGCAGAAGGAGUCACGAUGAAGCAUCCACAUUUCCGAUUAAAGAUCGACUUGUCCAAGUUUUUCCACGAUGCGCGCCAAUUUUGCUGGAUUUUUAUUGACGGGACAAAGAUCCAGCAGAUUUUUCACAUUCAACAACACAUUAGUAAACUCUUCAGCAUCACAAAACCAUUUCAUUUAUUAUUAAAUGAUACCGAAUACUUGCCGCCAAUAGAGGAUGUGCGUAUACUUAAGGAGAAUGAAACGAUACAAGUAAUUCCUGGGUCGGGCAUAAAAAAUGAAGUUGAUAAAGCAGAAAUAUGCAAUGGUUCUAUGCAUGAUAAACAGGUCCAUACGACAAAUAUGAAAACAGGAAUAAAUACAUCUGAUGCACUGAUUGUAUCUAAUAAUACCUUGAAUGAUACGCAACCAAACUCAAUAAAUAAUACUGCAGGAAACAUGUCAUUUUACAGUAUAAUCAAUGAUACAGCGAUUGACGAUACAGAAGAAGAUACAGAUUCUAAAGUUACGGAUAACAAUUUAACAGAGGAUUGUAAUCUGACAGAUUCUGUUAUAUCUAUUUCAAAGAGAAAGCGAGUACGAAGACGAAAACCAAAAAAUCAAUCAAAAACUCAAUUUACAUUAUCCUCUAAUAUGAAUGAAGAAAACAAACCAAAGAAACCAAAAAUUAUAGAUUCUUAUAUUAUUCCAUCUGGAAAGCAUAUACGAUUUGAUAAUACAGAGAAGGAAGAGAAUGAUAUUGCGAAACAAAUAGUACAAGAAAUAUCUAGAAACGAAUCUUAUAUGAGCAAAAAUUCAUCCUCUAGAGAUUUAGGUAACCUUUUAGCAUUGAGACAAUGCUCAACGCCAGUUACAUUUGCACACAAGAAAGUAAAAAACGAUAUUAAGAUGGAAAAUGAAUUAAAUGAUGGGAUAAAAAGCAAAACCUUGAAUAAAAUUGCGGAGAACAAUAUUAGCACAGAAAAAAAUUUAAAUAAUAAAGAAAAAACACAAUGCAAUGAAAGCUGGAUGCAUAGCGAUCCAGAAAUAAUUCCAAUUAUGACUAGAAAACCACAAGUUAAAGACAUUAUUGCCUUUAAGACUUUGAAGAUUGGCGCUGAUUAUACACCUCAAUUAUCUAAUUUUAUUGUGACUGAGGUAGUAGAUUUUUGUCCACACUCUGCAAAUUAUUAUAUGAAAAUAAUCAGAGGCAAAGAAGAAGUUCAAGAUCCAGUUGGAAAGUUUUCUCUUUCAGAAGACAUAUCCGCUAGUCACUGUGACACAGAUACGUUCUUACUUAAGUCUUCACAGAUAGAAGAACCUCGUUUACUUGCCUCAUUUUCUAAGCCUUCCGUUUUAUAAACACUUGUUUCUGUUUCAUUUUAUUUAAGACGCAACUGUAAGUAUUUUAUGUUUAGCUCGUUAAUCUAUGAUUUUCUGUUUUUAUUGAAUAUUGAACUUGAUUGCUACUCGUUGCGAUUUCUCAGAUACUUAAUAUUUUUUAUUAUACUAUACUUAUAUAUAUAGAAAGAGAUACAAUUUUUUAUUUUAUAAUUAAUAUUAAAGUUAUGAUAUAAAAUAAUGUUUAGUUGAAUUAUAUGUAUGCUAUU